AUGGAGGAUGAUUUUAAGCCAGUGGUGCAACCUUUAAUGAGCUCUAUUAUCUUAAUUCGGGGGGACAAUGCUGGACGGUAUGUGGAUGAUGAAGCCUCUUCUCUUGAUGACUUCGUACUUGAGCAAAUCCACACUCCUUUAACAACCAAUUCCGCUUUUGGAACUAGUUUGCUUCAAGGAGGAGAAGAAAAUGUGGGCCAAUUCCUUUAUCUAGAAGGGGUCGAGUAUGAAGGAAUUUCGGACAUUAAACUUCUCGAUGCGGGA